CUGCCUCGCUCCCUCUCACCUCAUCAUCGCAUCCUCCCUCCUCUCCAUCCCUCCAUCUCUCCAUCUUUCCAUCACAUUCUCCAUCUCACCUCGCCACACGCCUGUUUCCAGUCCAGCCUCGCAGCUUCGCCAAGGGUCCGGUACCCACCUCGAGUCGAUCGGCGCCGGCCGCCGCGACUCGUCUCCACAUCGAUCUGCUCCGGUUCCACUACGCUCUGGUGUCUUGAUUCCCAGUGUCGACUGGGAUUGUUUCUGACAUCUUACCGCAAUUCGGCGACAACUUCUUCCCAGCUGUAUCAUUGUCAAGUCGACUCCCACUCAAAUCUCAUCCUGGGCAUGCGCGCAUCGCACAGAGCGUAGCCGCUCUCCACCCGCCACACGACCACUCCAGUACCCCUUGCUGAUGGCACGCACCAGCGCCGCUCCGGCGCUCUCGAGCUCCACCUCGAUUCCCUCUCUGCCCGUCACCCUUCCACCUCCAUCUGGCCGUCUGCGAUCCAACUCGAACAUCUCGGGUCGGUUGAGUCCGAAUGGCCGCCUCUCCCCUGCUGUGUUUGACCUGCUGCAGACACCUCAUCCAAAUCGCGACCCCAAUCGCGAGCGGAGCACGCCCGAGCCCAUGCCCGCUAUGCCUGCGUCCGAUCGGUACAUGGACCGGUAUCCGGAACGGCUCGCUACGCACCCCGUUCCACUGAGUGAACGGCCUCCUGACCGCAACGCCAGCUUACCGAUCCCCUCCCCCGUUCAUGCUUCCCCCCAUCCCUCCCUUGCUGCUCAACUUCCUUUCUCCACGCAGCCGUUGUCUCCCCAGAGCUCCCAGCCCAGCGCUCCUCAGCCUACCACGCCCCAUACACCUGCCAACCCACCACAAACCGUACCGGACCGCAGCAAUGUUGUCACUCCUCCUCCACGACCUCCGCGCGGACCUCUCCGAUCGCCCGGGGCGCCGCGGUCGCCCUCAAUGCCAAGCAUCAGCUCCGAGCUCGGCUCCAGCUCGAAGUCUCUCCAGCUGUGUCGUCGCGCUCUCGAGCAUUCAAAGGAUAACGGUGACACACUUGACAUCAGCAGAGACCGCAAGUUGGACCGCAUCGAUGCCGACAUGGUUGACUUUCUGCGCACACAAACAGGGCGCGACAAGCGUGGCGUUUGGCGCCUCGCGCUGAGUUACAAUGCGUUGCGCGACAACUCGCUCGUCGCCUCCUUCUCUAAGCUCAACAGAUUGCGAUACUUGAACCUCAAAGGCAACGAGCUGACAGCCGUUCCGGCACCACUGCUUGAUCUCGCCUCGCUUGAGAUUUUGGACCUCUCUAAGAAUCAAAUCAGCUCAAUGCCUGUUCGACCUGGCCGGUUAGCGCACCUCAAAGUCCUGUCGCUCUCGCAUAACAAGCUGUCUGCGCUGCCAACAUACCUAGCCGGCUUCUUGGCCCUCAAGGUGUUCAAAGUCGACCACAAUCCUCUCGUAUGGCCGCCGCGGGAGAUCCUUGGACCGCUCAUUGACAUCGAGGUGCCGCCAUUCACAAGCGAAGGCGGGGAGAGGGAGAGCAAGAGUGUGGCUGCACAACGCAGCGAGGAGGAUCUUAAACCAUGGAUCGAGGCGCUGCGGCGGUAUCUUCGGGAUGAGAUAGCCAGGACAGCGGAGGUGGAGGCGGCCGAACAGCUCGCUGGACAGGCCUACGCGGAGGACGCCACCAUCAAGGGUGUUCCAGAUGAGGAUCAAGCCACUGAUAGUACCUUGUUGCCUGGCGACGACGUGCCGAUGGGGAAUCCCGAGCUCGCGAUCGACAGCCAGCCACCGGCUUCGGAAGCGUCGACGUCUUCUCAGGUGACAAUGAAGCCUUGGGUCCCAACUGCCAACGAAGAGGACCGUGCAUCCCCGCACUCUUUCUCGUCACCCGAAACGGGGUUGGGACAGAGGGUUGGUGCUCCCAGCUCCAGCGACAGUCUCAUCCCAACCGCUCCUUCUUCAUUGUCUUUACCCUCACACCCAUUCCGACACGACCGCUCCACGUCCUCCUCAUCUGUCACCCCGCCGGUCUCCGCGUCCACCUCGUCAUCUGCCUCGGGCCCACAAGUCCAAUUCCCCCACCCCCCGCCCGUCCUUCCCAACGGACACAAUCGCGGCGCGAGCUACACCGCGACACAACGGCAUAGCGGCACGCUCACCGCAAAGAAGUCGUUGCCCGACCUGCGGCAGAGCCACGCCAAAAUCAUCGAGGAGAGGAGAGGAGAGGCAACGGAUGAGCUACGUCCUCUGGGUUUAGGGAUAGGUCAGCAGCGCUGGCAGAGCAAGCUGCAGCGACCAUUCGAGGACGCCAAAUCUCCGCUACGGCCCAUGUCCUCGAAACUGCCGAUGGAUGUGAUGCCAAAACGGCCUCCGCCUCCCAACAUGGGCGACCGGCGGGACAGCCAGGAUGCGCCGACCGUUGACGAGUCGCGCAACUCGUACUUCCGUCGGCUCUCCACCCUGCCGCCCUCGACGAUCUCGAAGCAAGUUUCGCCUGCGAUGCUGAUGUUUGUCGACUCGAUUCGCGGCAUCCUCUUCGCGCUCACGCAAACACACACAGCUCUUCGUCAGUACUUGAACUUUGCUGUGCCGGAUCACGUUGCGGCGACCUUCGCUCGCUACAUGCAGCCAGCGGGUGAGUACGUCGCGCAUCUGAUCAAUGCGCUCGACCGGUUCGACUCAAUGUCGCGUCGCGUCGCGCCACCUGCCAGUGCGAUCCGAGCUGUUGUUGAGAGCGCCAAGGAGACAAUCAAGGUGUUUGGCAAGCUGGUUGCCGUGCUGCGAAUGCAGACCCCGGCAUUCCGCGACGCUGAUGUGCGCUAUACACGCUCCUUACUGCUAUCCAUCUACGGUGGCAUGAGUGAGAUUGCGCACGCGUGGCGUACUAUGUUGCCCCUCCUCGCCGAGAUGAGGCCAGUUCUGCACCCAGAGACGGCGCCGCUGCGCCUUGCCCCGCCCAUGUCCCAAUCAAGCAGCAUGACGGGCCGCACCCCGAUUUCUCCCAUCCUCGAGCAAGGGGAACGCACACCUGCGCGCGCCACCCUCGCACCGACCGCAAUGCCGCCAGUCGGCACAAGCCCACGAUCCAAGUCUCGUCGACAUGCUGGUUCUUUCUCCGCCCAGGACGUCGAGAAGGGCAUGCUUAUGGGCUCACCUGUGAGCCAGCGCCACGAGUGGCCUGGCCCAGAUAUGGGCCGGAUCUUCGAGGGCGCAGAAGGAGAGGGCGCCGAUGUUCCUCCGUUCCCGCUGCACGCCGAGCCUGAGCCGCCCAUGCCUCCAAGUCGGCACGCUCCCACGCUCUCAGGUAGCAGCUUCCGGAGCGCACGCAACCUCAGCUUCGACGUGCGACCGCCUACACCUGCGAGCGCUACGCUCUUCGACGAUGACCUGCUUGACCAGAUCGAGCUAGCGACUGAAGUUGCAUUCAACGUUUGGCUGAAGGUUGCCGGCGAGAUCGGCGCCGCGGACGCACCCUAUACGCACUCCAAAGCUGACUCGGUCGGCUCUGUCAACAGCCAGCGCCUCCUGAGCGCAACGGACGGGCGCCGCCCGCCCUCGAUCCCAGCGCGACACUACGCGGAGCUCGUAGCGUCCCUCGGCUCGGCCGAGCACGUGACGUCGACGCUGAAGGAGACGCUGGCGGGCCUGCGAGCCAACCCCUUCGCACCUACACCGUGGCCGCUGCACGACCACGCGCAGGGGUUCAUUAAGACGGUCGUGCGGGUCAUGGAGCAGCUGCGCGCUGUCAUGGUCCGGCACACGUUUAGCGCGCCGACGCGACAGCAGCUCUCGCGCCUCGCACAGCUUGCGCGUGAAUGCGCCAUCCUCAUCCAGGUCAGCUCGCACCGGCCCAGCCAGCCCGGGUCGCAGAGCUCACAGCCGCCGUCGCAUGCAGGCAGCCACGCCGGCUCGCAGGCCGGGAGCAUCGGCGGCUUCGGCGGCGCCGGUGGACUGAACGGCCACAGCCACGCCAACGCCCAGGCCCAAGUCACGUCGGCCGUACCGCGCGGCAUUGCGGCUAUGGACAUGAGUUCGAGCGAGGACCUUGCGCCAGCAGGGUUGCGGGGACUGCACCUCCCGGCGCGGCAUGGCCUGCGGAACGGCUCGGUCGGGCGGCGCGUCUACUAGUACACUUAUAACUGAAUGCAUUGCUACCCCAGC